AUGGAUGAUCUUAUAUGCUAUGAAUAUUGUAUCAAAGAGAGAAUCGUGCCUGCAGUAGAAUGUCCGUUCUGGCUGUUUUUGGCUAAUUUUUCGUUGGCAAAAUAUCCGCCACAGAUCAACAAAGCCAGUGCCUUUUCCCUUUUCUACGAAAUCUCGAUCGGUAUCUUCUUCAAGCCAGAGUGGAGCAAGAAGGAAAUCGACUCUUGGCUCAGAGACCUUUUUGAUGAUCAACACGAAAACACGCAUUACAAAUUCUUUUUUGAAUUUCUCACCGGAGAGGACAAGGACGCCAUCACAACCUUUGUCGAUCCGUUAGUCGUUGAGAAGAAACAACGCACUCUUUCCGGCAUAAUUUGUCAGAUGGAGGAGAUUGUGUGUGGAAACACAGUUUUAGAAGGACAAUGUGAAAAGCAGGUGCAGAAGCUUCUUGACACUCUCAACUCGUCUUCCGAUAGCUCCACACUCUCCGUGGACAAGGUCUGUCAUCAAUGUUCGGAAGCGAGGAAAAACCUUCGAAAAUCACACGAAACAAUUCCCUCUCCCAUGAAACAAAUCUUCCCGAGUCCUCGCGUCUCGAAAAGGAAAAAUAAUAAUGAAGAAGAAAUCAAAAUCGAACAUUUCCCUCCAAUUCCAGUUCCAUCCAAACUUGCAUAUCGCAAGAUUAUUCAUAGCGAGCCGCUCGGCUCUACGCGGACACGCCGAUUAUGGACUCCGGAGGAAGAGGCGAAACUAAUCAAGGGCGUGAAUACCUAUGGGAAGGGAAAUUGGGCGCUGAUUCGGAGGAAGAUGCAUUUGACUGAGCGUACCAAUGUGGAAUUGAAGGAUAAAUGGAGAAAUAUAUGUAAAAAGCUAGUGUAUUGA